GGGAGGCUGGAUGUGAUUCGCUGUAUUUAUCAGCUUGCUCUCUCCCACAAUUCAACAGGCACCAGAAGGAGAGAAGAAGAGGGCGACAGAAAGUAUUUAAAUAAAUAGAUUGUUGUUGAAGUACUACAAUACAACAUAAAUAGCCAAAGCUAAAACGGGGAACCGUUGCAACACACUUUUGUUUUAUUUUUAUAGCUAGCUGGAUACAGUUGCUUCCACGAAAUGUGUUUGACUGGCUAAACUAAGUAGCUAGCUCAGCUCGGUUCCGGCCUAAAAUAGCUCACGUUAGCUCCAUUUUCAGAUUUCGGAGAAAAAAAAACUAUUCAAGUGUACAUUACCACGUAUGCAGAUGUUCAUCUAACGAAAGCAAGGGAAUGCUGAUGGAACGUUAGUCCAACUGAGUCACCAAUUCUAGUCAUGCAAUGGGGAUGAGCGCUCUGCAGUGUGUAUGACCAGCUGUCUCCAGCCUGAUGGGAGGACUCUGUGGAUAGCAGCACCGUCUUCAGGACUCCAGGAGGAGAGUAGCCGCCCCUGCCAAGGAGGGCCGUUCAGAAUGAAGAAAAUCAGCCUUAACACCAUCCGCAAGUCCCUCAACAUCAAGGUCAAGGAGGAAGGAGGGGGGGACUUUGUCAUGCUCCAGCAGCCCUCGCUAGCGGCCGACUUCUCCAAGGAGGAAUCGCUCUUCGGGGGCUGCUACACUAAAGAUCUUGCGGGCUGCAACCUGGGAAUUGGUGAUGUGGGAGAGGAGAAGGCGGGACACAACAAGGGCCGGUCUAAGAGCGAGAGCCUGAUGGGUUCGCUGAAGAGGAGGCUGUCGGUCAAGCAGAAGACCAAGGUCAAAGGUGGCUCAUUAGCCAUGGGGUCGGCUGACGAUGAUGACACCUUCUCCUCCUCCUCGGUCCCAAUCAGCUUCAACGAGGUCAAGGCCCAGCGUCCGUUACGAUCAGCGUCGCUCCGUAGCCACCAUUACAGCCCGUCUCCCUGGCCCCUGCGGCCUGUCGUUUCAGAUGAGGCCUGCAUCAAAAUGGAGGUGAAGGUUAAAGCCGUGGUCCAUUCCCCCAGCCCAGACCUGAAUGGCGUGAGGAAGGAGUUCCGCCACCAUGACUUUCAGAUGGAGAACAUCUUCCAGGAGCCGCAGAACGGAGACCUGAACAGUGACAAACACGUGCCUGUAGUCCUGGGCCUCACGCCGCAGGACUACAUUCAGUACACCAUGCCUUUAGAGGAGGGGAUGUACCCAGAGGGGUCCCACUCUGUCCCCCACUCCUUCUGCCUGGGCAGGUCCUCGCCCAUGGAGGUGGUGACGGAGGCGGACAGUAGCUCCCUCCACGCUGACCACCAGAGUCAGGAGGACCAGGAUCUGGUGAGUCUGAACCGGAACCUUCCAGCGGACCUCUUCGUGGAAUCACAGUCGGUGAACGGCCUCUUCAUCGGCUCUAACGGUGUGAUGCUCCAUAGCUGCAGGGACAGGGUCAACGCUCAACAACACCCCGCUCCUCCCCAGCGCUCCCCUCUCCUGCCCGCGUUACCCAGCAACAUCAUCUCCAGGACUUACUCCAGGUUCGGCGGGGCAGAUGGCCACGUGGUGGCCCGGUUGAGGCAACACCUGAACUUUGACCUCGACUCUGCUCCAGGGGUGAGUCGGCUGUAUGACUCAGUCCGGAGCAGUGGACCAAUGGUAGUAACCAGCCUGACUGAGGAGCUGAAGAAGCUAGCCAGGCAGGGUUGGUACUGGGGACCUAUCACACGCUGGGAGGCUGAGGAGAAGCUGGUCAACCUGCCUGACGGCUCGUUUCUGGUCAGGGACAGCUCGGACGACCGGUACCUCCUCAGCCUUAGUUUCCGCUCCCAGACCAAGACCCUCCACACCCGAAUCGAACACUCCAACGGACGCUUCAGCUUCUAUGAGCAGCCUGAUGUGGAGGGACACACGUCCAUGGUGGACCUGAUAGAAUUCUCCGUCAAAGACUCUGAGAACGGAGCCUUCUGUUAUUCUAGAUCUCGCUUACCAGGGUCCGCCACCUACCCCGUCAGGCUGACCAAUCCCGUGUCUCGGUUUAUGCACGUGCGCUCUCUGCAGUACCUGUGUCGGUUUGUGAUUAGACAGUAUACCAGGAUUGACCUAAUUCAGAACCUGCCUUUGCCCAACAAGAUGAAAGACUACCUGCAGGAGAAGCACUACUGACUCGGUUGACACAGACGUGAGAUGGGACAGACAACGUUAGCAACUUGCACUUUUGGGUUCAGUUUAAGAGAUUCAACAAAGGUUUACAGACAUCUGUAGUUUGGAUACGAUCGAUUGGGUUCCAUUGGCUCUUUGUUUGUGUCCAGGGAUGUCCGAAAUUGAACCCUAUUAUGUAUGUUGUGCACUACUUUUGCCCGGAGCACUAGCUUAAAGUAGUGCACUACAUAGGGUGUCAUUUCAGAUUGCCCUUUGGUUAUUUUUGUUAGUGUCCAGUCCUCCGUUUCUCAGUUAAAGGAUUGUCGCCAAGCCUCCAGAGAGACUUAUCAUAGCAUCUCUGUUUUCCCAGUUAUGGUUAAGUCAUUGUGGCCACGCCUCCAGAGUGACAUAUCAUAGAAUCUGUCAGGAAGUGUGCAGCGUGACUAAGUUACAGCUAACAACAUUUAUCAGAUAAAGGGUUAAGUCAUUGUGGCCACGCCUCCAGAGUGACAUAUCAUAGAAUCUGUCAGGAAGUGUGCAGCGUGACUAAGUUACAGCUAACAACAUUUAUCAGCAGUGAGAUCGAAAGAUCAAUAUUUCUCUCCCCAGUUGCUGUAGUAAACUGUAAACGCUAGAAUGGCAAGCUCAGCCUUCUGAAUAACGUCAAUGUGUUUUUGCCUUCUGACUGAAAUGUACAGAUUUAAAAUAUACAUUUCAUUUAAUUCACGGCAGCCUUUUAAGAUGUCAAACCCAAGCCAGCUUUUAAUGAAACCAUAAUGAAAUGCAUAUCCAGUCAGAUAUUUUUUACAUUUAUUCUUCAUUUGGCUAUUUAUUUUUGAAACAUCUCCCAACAACUCUAAACACAGUGGGGCAUAUCUUUUGACAAACAAUUAUUAUAUAUAUUUUUUUUGGAUUAAACAAUUUUAUCCUCUUAAUUUCUGAGUUCUUAAAACAGGGUUAAUUCAACCUUAUUUGUCAUCCAUCAAGUUGGUUAAUGACAACUGCUAAUAAGAAGUGUAAGCUGUAUGUGGGUGCAUGUAGACAUCUUUCUCUCUCCCACUAUAAUGGUACUAUUAGGAAAGAUACAGGCUAGUUUCUAUGUCGUCAUGCACUUCAACUUGAUACGCAUGCGUCAAUAUCAUCGCUUUUUAAAGGAAAAUAUCAGUAAGUAAUUAACUUGAAGAUAAACCUUUAUUAACUGCUCCUUGUAUUAGGAGUGUCAGAAAAAGCUGCCCUAUGCUUAGCUCUGUGUGCAUGAAGGGUGUUUGAAUGGUCAGACGCUGUAGAGACCUGGGCCAACUCGGUACACAGGACGGGAGUAUCGACUGUAAAAAGGGGAAGUCUCAUUUUCAUUUCUAGACUAACAUUUAUCACUAAACACAUUUUAAGGAAACCUUGUGAAAGGGAAUCUCAAAAAUGGGGCUGCUUAGGUCGAGGCAUUUGCGGGGGGGGGGGGGGGGUCAGAAUAGAUGAUUGGAUCCCCUUCCUCAUAUUUGGGAGGUCGCAAGGAGAGUGGGAGGGGAGAUGUACAUGACAGAAUUCCCUCCCAGUGCAGUAAUGUCCUGCUCCAUGGAGAAUGAGAUUGAGGCUUUUGUGGGAAGUUUGCCCAAUGACUUGCAUGAGUGAUGUCACGCUGUCAUACUCUCGACUUCAUGGGCAGUUUUCCAGUUUGACAUUUUAAAAUGGAUCCACUGUCAUGCUUACUGUCAAUGUUAACCUACAUAUUCACAGUCUGGCUGGGCUGUUUUGUAUCAGAACAAAAGGGACAGAAGAAUACACUGUAUGCUAUGCAAGUGCUUUCUAAACAGAUACUUUGACAAGGAAUCAUAGGUUUACAUAUGUUAAAAGGAUCUCCGACAACUUUGGUAGGUAGAUAUGUAUAGUCUAGGCCUAGGUAGUAACUAUCUGUUGGUGUCUACGGUGGUUACCAUGACACCCGGAUAGCAGAGGGUAGAUGAGAGCAGACGCUGGUAGAUAUGUAUACUCUAGGCCUAGAUAGUAAAUAUCUGUUGGUAUCUAAGGUGGUUACCAUGACACCCGGAUAGCAGAGGGUAGAUGAGAGCAGACGCUGGUAGAUAUGUAUACUCUAGGCCUAGGUAGUAAAUAUCUGUUGGUAUCUAAGGUGGUUACCAUGACACCCGGAUAGCAGAGGGUAGAUAAGAGCAGACGUUGUCGGCAUGUUUCAAAAGUGUUGCAUAAAGAUUUGUUGGCAUUUUUAUUGUUUUGAAAUGUAUAGGAAUGAAGGAUGUAGGGAAUGAUGUCAGUCUGGUGUAGAAGGAUUGUUCUGCUCCGUUAUGUCACCAUCACCAGCUGGGUGUUCUGUGUGCAAGGACUUUCGAAUAUUCGUUUUAUUUCCUGUGACUUGUGACAUUAAACUCUGUCAUUUUGUAGACUAGAAGGGUGUUUGUUACCUGCAGGUUACACCAGGGACAUGGCUGUCUGUGAGAGGUUAUACCAAGGGAAUGGCUAUGUGUGAGAGAGGUUAUACCAAGGGAAUGGCUGUGUGAGAGAGGUUAUACCAAGGGAAUGGCUGUGUGUGAGAGAGGUUAUACCAAGGGAAUGGCUGUGUGAGAGAGGUUAUACCAAGGGAAUGGCUGUGUGUGAGAGAGGUUAUACCAAGGGAAUGGCUGUGUGUGAGAGAGGUUAUACCAAGGGAAUGGCUGUGUGUGAGAGAGGUUAUACCAAGGGAAUGGCUGUGUGUGAGAGAGGUUAUACCAAGGGAAUGGCUAUGUGUGAGAGAGGUUAUACCAAGGGAAUGGCUAUGUGUGAGAGAGGUUAUACCAAGGGAAUGGCUGUGUGAGAGAGGUUAUACCAAGGGAAUGGCUGUGUGAGAGAGGUUAUACCAAGGGAAUGGCUAUGUGUGAGAGAGGUUAUACCAAGGGAAUGGCUGUGUGAGAGAGGUUAUACCAAGGGAAUGGCUGUGUGUGAGCGGUUAUACCAAGGGAAUGGCUGUGUGUGAGCGGUUAUACCAAGGGAAUGGCUAUGUGAGAGGUUAUACCAAGGGAAUGGCUAUGUGAGAGGUUAUACCAAGGGAAUGGCUGUGUGUGAGAGGUUAUACCAAGGGAAUGGCUGUGUGUGAGAGGUUAUACCAAGGGAAUGGCUGUGUGUGAGCGGUUAUACCAAGGGAAUGGCUGUGUGAGAGAGGUUAUACCAAGGGAAUGGCUGUGUGAGAGAGGUUAUACCAAGGGAAUGGCUGUGUGUGAGCGAGGUUAUACCAAGGGAAUGGCUGUGUGUGAGAGAGAUUAUACCAAGGGAAUGGCUGUGUGAGAGAGGUUAUACCAAGGGAAUGGCUGUAUGCAUGUUUUAGCAAGGUAAACUCUACUUGCUUGAAGAUGAAGCCACGUUUUUGGGCACGGUUCCUCACCGGUGAAUUUCCAUUGUUUCCCCUUACUAAUAUUGUCCCUGGAAUGACGGCAUUAAAACAAGUCACAACACACAGUCCAACGUAUGAUUUCUCCUGAGCACACACAGGUGGGGUACCUGUUAAUGAAAUGAACUGAAUUUUGUUAUUAUGUCUAUGGGAUACAAAGGGUAAGACAGCAGUUUCAUCACUAAGACUGUUGCUAGGUUAUCAAGGAACAACGAUGACUAGAAUGUGGGACAUUGAAUUGAAGAAAACAAAUGUGAAAUGAAAAUGUUUAAUUGUUUGACGAAUGUAUGCUUAGUUGUAUUUUUUAAAACAUUUUAUUCAGGGUCCGGACAAAGUGCUUGAGGUGCUUAAAGUAAUUGAAUUUGGCACUCUGAAAUUCAAGUACUGGAAUACCUUGAAAAUCAGACAAUUUCUCCAGUUGGUACAUGAAGUAUUUGAUCAAAUAUGUUUAAGAAAAAUAUGUAUUUUUAAAUGUAUUGGUCUUGCAUAUUAAUUACCAGGCAGAGUACAGUGUUAUUUCCUCACGUUUGGCGCUCUAGUUGCCAGGUGACCACACCAGCCACUCAGCCAGGCUGGUGCAGAACUGACUGAUUUAUGUCUCACUAAACGUCACAUCGAUAGCUAAAACGCUGGGCAAAUGUAGAUUAGAUCCUGCCUUUUGUGCGUAUGGAACAUUUCUGUGUUCUUAUAUUUCAGCUCAUGAAAUAUAGGACCAACACGUCACAUGUCGGGUUUUAUAUUUUUGAGGUUUACCUACCUUAAAAGAAAUGUACCACUACAUCACUGGACCCAAUCAACCCAUACCGUGUAAGGUGCAAAACAAUGCGUCAGACUUUGACGUGGCGAGCAUGGCUGAAUCGGCCCUGAAGAGCCUCAUGAAGGGCGGAAGACAACGCUGCACCCUGCACCGGCGCCAGUUCUACAUCGUGACCUUUUUUCUCUGUAACAACUUCCAGAGCUUUUUGUUUUUACCAACCGCCUCGUUCGCGCAUCGCCAGCGAAAUUCAUCUUUAUUAAGCAGCCGCCGUGCUCCUGCCGUUCUGGUGGCCAUUCAGGUGCCGUUUCCCCUCACACAGCCCACCCAACCUUCUCCCGACCCGCGACUCUAGAGCUGCCAUUCAGGUGCCGUUUCCCCUCACACAGCCCACCCAACCUUCUCCCGACCCGCGACUCUAGAGCUGCCAUUCAGUAAACAGGAUGCUUUGGCGUAGCUAUUAAGUCGUAGAUUCCCAAAUGCCCAAUUUAAAAACACAAUAGUCCUAAAGCUGGAAUUGUGUAGUAAUGUGAAAUGUGUUCACCAUUAGGCAUUGCCCAAAACUCUGCUCAUCACUACUCAAAUUACAACAGUACUAACUUACUGUUCAUGUAUGUAAUACAUAAGUAGAGAAAUAAUGUAUUAUUGAGUAGAAUUUGUAAGGUAGUGAUGAAAUAGUAAGUUGUUUUUUUCCAUCAGGUUGUGGUGUUAUACUGCCAUCAGGUGGUGACUAGAAGCAAUUGCAUAAAAGGAACUAUUACAGAUUGAUGACCCUUGAAAAUAACUAUUAGUGCUUGAAAAAGUACUUAAAGGUCCUUGAUUUUGACUUACCACUGUCUGUACGAACCUUGAUUUAUUGUGUGGCAGAGCCAGGCAAACAGGUCCCCAAUUGGCUAAACUCUCACUGAGACUUUAUUAUGGGUGUUUCUUUGCUAUGAUACUUCAGUAGCCCCGUGACUUGUGUUGUUCAUUAUCACUGAGUCAUUGCCUUCUUAUGUGUGACUUUUAGAGGUUGAUGCUUAUUCAAACUGCUGAAGCAUUUUUUUAAAUUCAUAAGUUGUUUAGCAGUUGGCGAACAAGCUUCACCCAUUUUAUAUUGUUUGUUUGUUGCGCAUCUCUGCAAAUGAAGGUGAUUGUUUACAAUGAUUUGGUAAAUACCAGUUUUUAUCCCCAUCUUGUUUAUUCUCGCUUCUAUCAUGGACAUCUUUGGUACAAUUGAAAAAAAAAAUGUUUUUUUUGUUUUUGUGUGUUCUACACAUUUGUGUUACUUCAUGAAUAUGAUAUUGCCUUUCUUGUAUUAAACUAUGGGGAAAGAGAACGUCGCCAUUUUGAAGUAUGUACACACAAUGACUUUUAUCACCUUGGGAGAACAAAGUAGAUUUUUGCAAUUUGUAAACUGUUUUAGUCAGUUAAAAUCAUUAGCUAUUAGUAAGUCCUUUUUUUUAGAAGAGAACCAACGUCAGUUUACAUUGUCUUUUUCUUUUGAAAAAUAAACGAUUGUGAUUUAUUGCACAUUUUGGAUACAGUUGAAGUUUUUGUAUAAAUUAUAAAUAAAAACUAUAUUCAGA